AUGGCGGCCGCGAUGCCUAGGGGAAUUCGAAUCCUGCACUCGUGCAGAGGUCUCGCCAUACGUCCGAAGCCUGUGUGCAGCAGACCUCAGGCGCUCCAGCAACUAGCACGACCCUAUCGCUUCCAAUCGAAUGACACAAGAAGCCAAACCCCAAGCGCAGCGGAAACAAAUGCCGCUGGCGAGGCCAGUUUCAAUACAGAGGCAUCCAUUGCGAAUCCAAUCGACAGUAUUGACGAUGCGGCGCUCGAGAAGAUGAUGUACGGCGGCCGAUCAGCUCAACAAGGCGGUCUGACGGAAGCUCAGGAGGAGGUGCUGUACCGAGACGGCGCAAUCCCUCCCGCAACGGACGCCGAGACGGUGCUGGCAGUAGGGGCUGCUGAGGCAGCCGAGCUCGAAGCAGCCGACGAGGCUGGCGAGGACAUCCAGAAUCUCGGACACAAAUGGCCUCUGCCGCAAAAGCCGUACCCCGACGGGUUCAACGUCAAGAAGCGAUACCACCCCGUGGUGGAACAGAUUACGAGGCUAAUGAUGCGAGACGGCAAGCUGGCUGCUGCUCAACGGAAUCUGGCAAUGACGAUGAACUUUCUCCGAAUGGCACCCGAACCGACAUUUAGCCCCAAGUUCCCCCUGCUGCCCGGGACGCCGCCUGCGUCGCACUUGUCGCUGAACCCGGUGCUAUACCUGACGGUGGCGAUUGACUCUGUGGCGCCGCUCAUCCGGGUCAAGGCGAUCCCCGGCGCGGGCGGCGGCGGACGGGCGCUGGACAUGCCGCAGCCGCUGACGGUGCGGCAGCGCAGGCGACGGGCGUUUACGUGGAUUUUGGAGGCGGUGGAGAAGAAGCCGAGCAAGGGCAGCGGGCGGACGCAGUUUGCGCACCGGCUGGCGGACGAAAUCAUCGCCGUGGUCGAGGGCCGGUCGUCGGUGUGGGAGAAGCGGAAGCUCAUCCACAAGCAGGGCACGACGGCGCGAGCCAACGUGGAGAAGAGGAUUAUGAUUAAGAAGAGCGCUGGGAAAUAA